AUGAACGGCAGUGAUGAGCUAUCUUCAGUUCAAAGAGACUCUGUAUUUACUCAACAGGCCAAGAAGACGCGGACAAGAUCGGGGUGUCUCGUCUGCCGUCGUCGACGAAGAAAAUGCGAUGAACUUCGGCCAGAAUGUGCAAAUUGUCGCGAGAGGGGAAUGAAGUGUGAAUGGGGAAUGAAGAUAAAAUUCCGAAGCGAUAAUGCGACGCAGAUUGACUCUGAACAUCCUUCCAUGCGUGAAGGAUCAAGAAAAAGAGCUCGGCAUUUCAGGAUUGUAGACGUGACAUCGAGGUUCGAGAAGGACUUUCAACCAGAAACUCCUUCACACCACAGCCCCAGAGAUCUCGAAACCGCCGUCACUCUCACAAGCCCUCACAGCACUACAUUCCAGGGAGAGGUUACAGAGUCUCCGGCGCCAUUGAGAGAAGAAAAUCAUCAGCAAUUUUCUCAAUGGCAUUCAGAAUCUCCUUCGUUUAAUACGCCUGGCUCUUUGACUGCAUCCUUCACAGACGACUCUUCUUUCAGGACAGAAGAUGGGCAGUAUAGUCAUGCAAGUCCAAGGAGCUUGUCUCAAGUAUACGCUCACAGGGACUCUCACAACCAGGUCUACCCAAACAUCAACCAGCAUAAUGCAUCAAGUGAUGGGCUGACUCCCAAUUUGACGUUGGCAAACAGCCGAGUUCGAUUUGAAGAUGCAGCUGCUGAUCUUCUCGCUCUUCGUUACUUGCAGCAGUCCAAAGCUGCACCUCAAGUACAAAUGCCUCCCCCCGGUAAUCCGAACGCGCUGAGGAGUAUCGGUGAAGUAGAGAUGCUCGAUCAUGGGAUAUUUGAUGACCAGCAAGAUGGGAUCUUCAUACCCGGAUCAGUGUUCCAAGAAUUUCAUUCAACCCUAAGAGACCACUUGAUAUAUACAGCUCGAUCAAGCUGCCCAACUCGCGUGGGUACACCAGAGGUACAUCCAGAUCAAACCUUUACCGAGAGACUCGUACCAAGAGACGAACGGAUAGAAGUCGAGCCCCAAUCAACCGCAAGUUCCAGACCGCAUGAAAUCACCCCACAACGAGAAUAUAUUCUGUGGAAAACUUGGAUAGAUGAAAUCGCACCGUGGCUUGACAAAUUUGACAACAAUCGACAUUUCGAGCACAAGAUUCCCAUGAUCGCGAGAAAAACACCUCAUCUUCGCAACUCAAUACUGGCAUUAUCAGCCCGCCAGAUUGAGAUGAAGGAAAACUCCAAGUCUUCAUCAGAAAGUCUCGCUUUAUACCAAGAAGCCAUUCAUGUUCUGCUUCCUGAGCUGCAGAGCAAAGGCACUGCAGUGAUAGCAUCUUGUGUUAUACUGUGUGUGCUGGAAAUGAUGAGCUGUUCUCCGAAAGAGUGGAGAAGGCAUCUUGAAGGAUGUGCGAACUUACUUGAGGCGGUUGGAAUUAAUGGAUUCGUCGGUGGAGUCGAAGAAGCUCUGUUCUGGUGUUUUGCUCGCAUGGAUCUUUGCGGCGCGUUGAUCUCGCAAGACAUUACACUCAUCCCAGUAGCUCGUUGGGCAUCGAAUGUUGACUUCUCAUCAGACGUCAAGCUUUUCCGAAAUCCCGGGAACGGGUUCGACACAUAUGCCAAUUAUGCAGUAUUUCUGUGUGCCAACUGUGUGGCAUAUCUCAAAGAUUGUAAAGCUUUGUCGGCAGAGAUUCGAAAGAGUCGAUGGAUGGAGCUCAUCAAUCUUCUCGAAGAUUGGCACUUGGAACGACCAGAAGAAAUGAAACCUAUUAUGACCAUUUCGCUUCAGGAAGGUGAGGCACAUCGCCCAUUCCCAACCGUAUUGUAUGGAAACGGGCCCGCAGGUGAGACUCAUAUCCAUUGCUUCCUAAAGUUUUGUCUGACAAGCUUCAGUAUCGGGCAAUCAGCUGUAUCAUACCGCGAUGUUGCUGAUGUUACAAGAAAAGCCUGGUAGCAUUCAGCUUUCACGGAAACUAGUAAGUAAGCUCUUUGUUUUGAUACACUUCUCUAAUGCGUUCAUUCUUUAGAAAUCAAUUUUCUGGCACGCCCGUCAAAUUUUUGCCAUCUCCGAAUCUAAUACGCAUCAUGGCGCCUGGACCAAUUCAAUCCAACCGAUAUGGAUUGCGGGGAAAGUAAUGAGCCACCCGAGUGAACACGAAGCCAUCUUAGAUAUACUCGAGAGAAUAGAGCGAGAGACGGGUUGGGUGACGAGUUGGAGGAGAGAGGACUUGAAGGCUUGGUGGGGUGAUUGUGAUGAGUAAACCCCCAUUCAUGAGGUGGUGAAUAUGUGAGACUGGUAAUACCAUGAAACUUUCGCAUACGAACGAAAGACUCGGACAUCUAGAUUGUAAUGAGGCAAAAAAAAAAAAUUGUAUUGAGAGACAGGAGUGGUAGCGAGGGACACUGCCUUAAUGCAUAGCCCGAGACCGACCAACGUGUUCUAAACACAAUUGCACGUCGAACCAACAGAUAGUAUAUGUGGAGAGUAGUGGUGUGAAGCACUACCGCUAAGCUACACUUCUAUUGAAUUUCUAACGGGUUGUCAUUUAUUUGGAUGGAUAGCUGGUAGGUCUCUGGCAGUGUGCGGUGUACGAAAGUCCUGUGUGUCAUUUGAUAUUUAUAUGACGUCCUUGGGGAAUGGGAAUAGUCUAAUGGAUUCAGCCAAACACAAAAAUAAUUGUACACAUCUUCCUCUAGUAUUACAAGUCUCAUCUCAUCCCCGCUCCUCUCCGCUCAUCUCCCAGCAUCAAACUUCGCCCUCUCCUCCUCGCUUGUCGCUACAUUAUCCACCGUCCACCUCCAAAGAUCAUCCUGAGACUCCACCUUAUAACUAUCAACACUACUCUGUAUCUCCCUCGUGCCUUCAAAGUACUUUCCCGACACCCCUUCAAACUCCUCACCCGUGGCCAGCUUCGCCAGUGCAGUACCAGACUCCUUCGGUGAAUGGAUAUUAGGAUCCACUAAUUUCCUCGCAAGCGGGAUGAAUAGAGGGAUGAUGCUGAACCAAAGAAAGUUGGGGAUGUAGUUGAAAAUCUUCCAAUCUCUUACAAGAGAUGUGCCGGGCAUGAGGCCUGGAUCCAUUGCCACCACCGUAAUAUUCUUGGUGGAAGUCGUUUUCUGUGCCUCCAAAUGCCGAUGGAGAGCGUACAUCCAAAGUAUGUUCGUCAACUUGCUUGUUGCAUAUCGCUGUAGUCCCUCUUUCAUAGUAGCCCACUCGCCUGUGGGAUGUGCCAGCAUCUCCGCAGAGAUGUACACUGCGUCUGGCAGCCCAGUUUUCUGCGCUGGGUCAUGAGUCCCGCUCGCGGUAAUAAUAACGCGUGCGUUUUCUGCAAAAUAUGGCGUGAGGAGAUGGUAGAGGAGUACAUGUCCAACAUGCGUGAUCCCGAAAGUCUUCUCAAUGCCGUCGUCAGUAAAGUAUAGCCCCUCAGGGAACUGUAGUGCGGCGUUCAGGAGCAGGGCUUUGAUUGGUGGAUAGUUGUUCUUUGAUAGUUCUGCAGCAAAUGCUCUGAUAUUAGAAAGGUUGGCGAGGUCAAGGGGGAUAAAUAUGGCGUUUUUCUGGCCCAAAGUCUUGUUGAUGGAUGAUGCCGAGGUGGAUGAAUCUUUGCGGGAGGCGACGAUGAUGAGGGAGUCGGGUUGUUGACGUGCGAGAAUUAGCGCAGCAUUGUAUCCUAGACCAGAUGUACCGCCUGUGACUAUUAUAGUGGAUGCAAAAGCCAUGAUGGGUGACUUGUUGAUCUGUUUGGUGACUGAA